GGCAAAUAAACGCGUUAUGCAACAUUUCCUAAACACGAAAAUAAAAAAGAGAAGUGGUACUUUUUCGUCAUGCAUUAUCAACAAGCGCUCGACGGAGGGCUCCAUUCGAAGAGCGGCGCUCAAUCCGUGUGAAAAAAAAAAUACACGGGGGGAAAUUUGCACCGGCACACUGAAGAGCCAUCGCCCGAGAAAAAAGACGGAGAAAUCAAAUGUACAGCGCUGACACUGACAACCUGAAUAUACUGGCUUUGGUCUGUGCCCCCCUCGACUGCUCUCGGGCUGCGUGGUGUUGGUUUGGCGUGGUGUGCCGUGGAUCUUUUCUUCUGGCUGUGUGAUUUUUUUCUUCCUCAGCCUCCCACCAUCGACCCCCCUCCUCAUCUCUCUACUUCUGUCUGAACGGUCAAGAAAAAGGGGAGACGUAAAACAAGGAUUUCUGCGUUUUGCCUCAUUUCUUAUUUUCUUUCUUUCUUCCCGGUAAUUACAUUUAGUACUAUUUCUAUUUUACAUGGCGCAAGGGCUAUGCAUGCGGGUUGGCUCUGGUUCCGGUUUUGGGUGUGAUACAACCGCCGCGGAUUUGGAUACCCGAGCAGAAGCUACAGCAAUACUACAGGCGUGGAGCGGUUCCGGCGGCGCCCCCACCGCUUCGUCCUCUUCUUCUACCCGGCUGUAUGUCGAGUAAUGGUCGGCUUGCCUUGUUGGAUGCACCCCGCUCUCCACGGAUCGUCGUCGGUACCUCUUUUGACAGCAGAUUCCCAUUUCCUGUGGAAACCUUCUACGAGCUAGAGGCUACAUAUGGAAACUGGAGAUCAGAAUUUUAGAAAAAAGGAAAACUAGCGGUUGUUAUUUUAUUUUUGCGACUUCAUUUAUCUGUUGUUUACUUAUUAAUUUUCCGGGGUUGAUCGCUUCAUCCCGUCAUUGAUUUCGUUUGUUAAUUUUAUGUUAGCCCCUUGAUUAUGUAUUUGUUGAUGUAUUAUUGAUCCAGGGGACGUAUUUGUUUUAAUUUGUCUGUUACUGUUUCUUAAUUUUAUUUCGUUCAUCCUUGCCCUUAAUUUCCCAUCCCUGUUUCUUAUCCCGUUUUCCCUCGUUACUAAUAGGCAGUUUACCGUAUACAUACACACACAUACAGUCACAUAGGAAGAUAGACAUAUGCCUAGACACUACCAGUCAGGUUAAAACGUUGGCAGAAAAAAAAAUUGGAGCAUUGACACACAAUCAACUAAUCACUCUAAUUAGUUUGCCUUCCUUCUCAAAAUUGUUUAUUGACGUGCUUGGUAAAAUUGUAGUCUCCACGAGUCUGCCAUUACUCUAACCUCAGACUCCCACCCCUCACGCCCAUUGAAUCUGAAUUCAGCGCUCUAGCCAGACCCCUACCAAUCUACAUUACACACAUGCCAAUCUGAACACAUCAGCAUACGAGUUAGCUUUAGAGAGGCACGUGUUAAUUUGCUCGUUACAAGACGGAAACAGACACACUGCUUUAUUCCAGCGAAUCUGCCGUUUACAAACCCAUAAUCAUUAAUGGACAGUGCAUUUCCGUUGAAAUAGAUAUAUAUCAGCAUUAGCAAGUCGUGCAUUCGUAUUAUAAUUUCCUUUAGGCAACUACACAGACUUAGAUACUGAGUUAAUUUGCAGGCUAUUGGAAUCAGUGGCUUUUCGCCAUUGCUGUAACAAUAGCUGUUAAAAUAUAAGUGGUAGCCUCGUUGUUAAUCGCCUAGUUUGGCAACUCCAGUACAAACGGUAUUUGGUGUGUACCACUUAAUGAAGUGAGGCUGCCUCCCGCUAUCACUCUAAAACGACAUAUAUCACCUCAUCGCUUCCUUUUUUUAUAUCACACACACAUACACACACAACACCCAUAAGAUUCCGACCACGACCUCCCCCACCCCCCUUUUUUUUAAUCAAAGAUACCCCAUUUUCUGAUUAGGUUUGGUCCCGUAAAUUUACAAAUAUUUAUUUCCUAUACGUCAAGAGGAAAGGGGGCCCCCCUUUCAUGGAAUGCGGAAAUAUGGGUCUUUUUGACCGCGGAGUUCAGAUGUUAUUGACCACUGUCGGCGCCUUCGCCGCCUUCAGUCUCAUGACUAUAGCAGUGGGCACGGACUACUGGCUGUACUCGCGUGGUGUGUGCAAGAUCAAGACGGUCAGCGAGAACGAGACCAGCAAGAAGAACGAGGAGGUCAUGACCCACUCGGGGCUGUGGAGGACGUGUUGCUUGGAAGGCAACUUUAAAGGGCUGUGCAAACAGAUAGAUCACUUUCCCGAAGACACGGAUUACGAGGCAGACACCUCAGAGUACUUCCUACGCGCAGUGCGAGCCUCCAGCAUCUUCCCCAUCCUGAGCGUCAUUCUGCUGUUCAUGGGGGGCCUGUGCAUAGCAGCCAGCGAGUUCUACAAGUCACGCCACAACAUCAUCCUCAGCGCCGGCAUCUUCUUCGUGUCUGCAGGCCUCAGCAACAUCAUCGGGAUCAUCGUAUACAUAUCAGCCAACGCGGGGGACCCGUCCAAGAGCGACUCCAAGAAGAACAGCUACUCGUACGGCUGGAGCUUCUACUUCGGGGCGCUCUCCUUCAUCAUCGCCGAGAUGGUGGGGGUGCUGGCGGUGCACAUGUUCAUCGACCGGCACAAGGAGCUGCGGGCGGGCGCCCGGGCCACCGACUACCUGCAGAGCUCCGCCAUCACGCGCAUACCCAGCUACCGCUACCGCUACCGCCGGCGCUCGCGCUCCAGCUCCCGCUCCACCGAGCCCUCGCACUCCCGCGACGCCUCCCCCGUGGGCCUCAAGGGCUUCAACACGCUCCCCUCCACCGAGAUCUCCAUGUACACCCUCACCCGGGACCCCCUCAAAUCCUCCAGUACCCCCACCGCCACCUACAACUCCGAGAGGGACCACAACUUCCUGCAGGUCCACAACUGCAUUCAGAAGGACCUGAAAGACUCGGCCCACACCAACACAGCCAACCGACGCACCACCCCUGUAUGAGGGC